AGGUUGGCAGCGGCUCAGGAAGCGGCGCUAGCAGGGCAUCAACAGGGCUCCACAAGCGGGGGGCACUCGGGUCGAAGGGGAGCCCAUCGCUUAGCUGAUAGAAUGGGUGGCCCAAAGAAAGACGAUACACCACCUGGUGGUGGUCCAACAUCAUUAUUUAUCCUCACCGAGGAUAAUCCAAUUAGAAAAUACACACGAUUCAUCAUAGAAUGGCCGCCCUUCGAGUACGCUGUGUUAUUGACAAUCAUUGCCAACUGUGUUGUGUUGGCUUUAGAAGAACAUUUGCCUGGGGGUGAUAAAACAGUAUUGGCUCUGAAACUGGAAAAAACGGAGACCUAUUUUUUAUGCAUUUUCUGUGUAGAAGCAUCGCUCAAGAUCCUUGCCUUAGGGCUUGUUCUGCAUAAACACUCCUACCUCAGGAAUAUUUGGAACAUCAUGGAUUUUAUCGUCGUAGUAACGGGAUUUAUGGCACUGCUCCCACAAAAAUGGAUUGAGGUAGAUCUAAAAACAUUAAGGGCUAUACGUGUGCUAAGGCCCUUGAAAUUAGUCUCUGGAAUUCCUAGUUUACAAGUAGUUUUAAAAUCCAUUAUCAAGGCUAUGGCGCCGUUACUUCAAAUCGGACUUUUGGUCUUGUUUGCAAUCGUUAUAUUUGCAAUCAUCGGACUCGAGUUCUAUUCGGGCGCACUGCAUAAGACUUGUUAUAGCUUAGAAGAUCCAAAUAAACCUGUUAAGGAAGGCGAAUCAGAGACACCAUGCAAUACGGAUAAUGCGACGGAGAAAGCGGGUGGCUCAUUUGUAUGUAAUUAUAACACGAGUAUGUGUCUGGAAAAGUGGGAAGGGCCAAAUUGGGGCAUAACUAGUUUUGAUAAUAUCGGGUUUGCCAUGUUGACUGUGUUCCAAUGUAUCACCAUGGAGGGCUGGACAGCAAUACUGUAUUGGACCAACGAUGCUUUAGGUUCAACAUUUAAUUGGAUAUAUUUCGUGCCUCUAAUAGUUAUAGGCUCAUUUUUUAUGCUCAACUUAGUUCUCGGUGUCCUAAGCGGUGAAUUCGCAAAAGAACGUGAAAAAGUAGAAAAUAGACAAGAGUUUCUUAAACUUAGAAGACAACAUCAGCUAGAAAGAGAAUUGAACGGCUAUGUUGAAUGGAUAUGUAAAGCUGAGGAAGUAAUUUUAGCCGAAGAGCGUACAACUGAGGCAGAAAAAAUGCACAUAAUGGAGGCACGAAGAAGAAACGCUGCAAAACGCAAAAAACUGAAAAGUUUAGGCAAAUCGAAGUCGACAGACACCGAAGAGGAGGAGGGCGAAGAAGAUUAUGGGGAUGACGAGGGUGGUGAAAAAGGCGACGAAGGAUACCUAAAAUCACGCCCGAAACCACAAGGCAGCUGUACGGGCUUUUGGCGUGCCGAGAAACGUUUUCGCUUCUGGAUAAGGCACACGGUGAAAACGCAAUGGUUCUAUUGGUUCGUCAUCGUACUCGUAUUCCUGAACACUAUGUGUGUCGCUGUAGAGCACUAUGGUCAACCAAAAUUUUUAACGCAAUUUUUAUACUAUGCUGAAUUUUCGUUUUUGGGUCUAUUCAUGUCGGAGAUGUUUAUCAAAAUGUAUGCGCUCGGACCGCGCACUUACUUCGAAUCGUCGUUUAAUCGUUUCGAUUGUGUCGUCAUUAGUGGUUCGAUAUUCGAAGUUAUAUGGUCUGAGGUGAAGGGAGGCUCAUUCGGUCUAUCCGUAUUGAGAGCGCUACGUUUACUACGUAUCUUCAAAGUGACCAAAUAUUGGUCGUCACUGCGAAAUCUUGUGAUUUCGUUGUUGAACUCGAUGAGAUCCAUCAUUUCACUAUUGUUCCUGCUCUUCUUGUUCAUUCUAAUAUUUGCACUACUUGGCAUGCAAUUGUUUGGCGGGCAAUUUAGUUUUAAAAGCGGUACCCCCGAAACAAAUUUCAACACAUUCCCCAUAGCCUUACUUACAGUAUUUCAAAUUCUAACCGGUGAAGAUUGGAAUGAAGUCAUGUAUCAGGGUAUUAAAUCACAAGGUGGCGCUAAGAAAGGAAUGAUUUAUUCUGUAUACUUUAUCGUUUUGGUACUCUUCGGUAAUUACACACUGUUGAACGUAUUCUUGGCUAUCGCUGUCGAUAAUUUAGCGAAUGCCCAAGAAUUAACAGCUGCCGAAGAGGAGCAAGUCGAGGAAGAUAAGGAGAAGCAAUUGCAGGAGCUUGAAAAGGAAAUGGAAGCACUUCAAGCCGAUGGUGUUCACGUGGAGAACGGUGAUGGUGUAUCGGCGCCGAAUAAGGCGAAAAGUAAAAAGAAAGAGGAGGAAAAGAAGGAGGAGGAAGAAGUGACGGAGGGUCCAAAACCAAUGUUACCAUACUCAUCUAUGUUUAUACUAUCACCGACGAACCCUAUACGCCGCGGCGCACAUUGGGUUGUUAAUUUGCGAUAUUUUGAUUUUUUCAUAAUGAUCGUCAUCUCAUUGUCAUCGAUAGCGUUAGCAGCCGAAGAUCCUGUUCGUGAGCAUUCGCCACGAAAUAAAAUCUUAAAUUAUUUCGAUUAUGCAUUUACCGGCGUAUUCACAAUAGAAAUGUUACUAAAAAUUGUAGAUUUAGGCGUUAUAUUACAUCCAGGCAGCUAUUUAAGAGAAUUCUGGAAUAUUAUGGAUGCUGUGGUCGUUGUGUGCGCUGCUGUUAGUUUCGGUUUCGAUAUGAGCGGUAGCAGCGCUGGACAAAAUUUAUCAACCAUCAAAUCGUUGCGCGUACUGCGCGUCCUGCGACCGUUGAAAACCAUCAAACGUGUACCAAAAUUGAAAGCCGUCUUCGACUGCGUAGUGAACUCAUUGAAAAAUGUUGUUAACAUUCUAAUCGUGUACAUAUUAUUUCAAUUUAUAUUUUCCGUAAUUGGUGUACAAUUGUUCAAUGGGAAAUUUUUUCAUUGUACGGACGAAAGUAAACAUACUUCCGAAGAGUGCCAGGGCUCAUAUUUCAAAUAUGAGGAGGAUGAAUUACUUCCAAAGCAGGAGGCGCGCAUUUGGCGGCCGCGUAGUUUCCACUACGAUAACGUAGCGGCGGCGAUGCUGACGCUUUUCGCGGUGCAGACAGGCGAAGGAUGGCCACAAGUUCUACAACACUCCAUGGCUGCCACGUAUGAAGAUAGGGGUCCCAUACAAAAUUUCCGGAUCGAAAUGUCCAUAUUUUAUAUUGUGUAUUUCAUUGUAUUUCCAUUCUUCUUCGUGAAUAUAUUCGUGGCCUUGAUUAUCAUUACAUUUCAAGAGCAAGGCGAGGCUGAAUUGCAAGAUGGUGAAAUUGAUAAGAACCAG